AUGCACAAUGAGAACGAGCAACCGAAGAACAUCCCUCCUUUCACGCCGAUGUCCUCUCUCGGGCACGAGUUGGGCGUUAUGUUCGCCUUUCUUGCGGCCUGUUUCGUAAUCAUGGGUUUAUAUGUCUUCUUCUGGCGAGCAUUCGAACGUCGGGAGGCACAAAGAGAAAAGGCCCGUACAGAGCGGUUCACGAGGAGAGACGUCCAUCAUGGGCGCAGCGGCAUCCCUGAGAAGAUGUAUGAUAAUCGGAGAGUCGAGCUACCGGGGAACAGCCGAUAUGAACUCCCAAAUGGGUAUGAGAAUGGGGAGAGAUCGACUAAUAUGAAGAUGGGUUCCGCUGGUGCUCGGGUGAAUCGAGCGAAUGGCUGGAUGGAAAUGGAUGAUCUGCGUGCGCCGCGGAGAUGA